AUGGCUGCUGAUACUUCACUCGCGGAAAAGCUGGAUACUUUGGUGGCCGAUGUUCUCGCCGACUGGAAUAUCUACACUACCCUUGUCGCCGGAAUUGUCCUCGCCUUUGGGGUUUACUCUGUGGUCUCGUCUAAGGAUCCAGAUGUGCACCCGUUCCUACUUGCUCGCCAAUCUACAGCAGCCCCAAUCCGCCAGCAGGGUGAAUCUGCUACGUACAGGUGCCUGGAGACCCCACAUGGCUUGCCUCUCCGCUUUGGACUGAACGUCAAGGACCCGGGCGCCCCGAAAUGGACCGGCGGUCGAAGAGGAGACCUGCGCGAUAUCUGGAAGACCGCUGUGCGUGGAGCUCUGAAUGAGGAUGGUACUAUGUCGGGAAAGCAAGGCAAGAUCUACACUGUCCUAGGUCGAAAGGCCAUCGAACACUCUUUGGACCAGGUGACCCAAGAAAUCAAUGUCAUCGGUCAUCAUCUCCAAAACUCCGGUGUGAGGACGGUGGCUGUUUGCCUUACAGACUCCAUCGAGCUUUUAGCUACAAUCUUUGCUGGCGCUUUUUAUGGAUACAAGACGGUCAUUGUGCCGCACAACCUUCCAGCAGAGACAUUAUCAGCACAUCUACAAAAGGCAAAAGCGGAUGUUCUUAUUGCUGAAGCCGGAUCUCUUGACCUGUCUCUCAUCGCCAAGGGUAACGAUCAAUUGUCGCUCGUCCUUUGGGUCGCCAAGUAUGGCAAUCGACACAUGGAUUGGAACGCACUUCCCGAGAACGUCAAGGAUACUCUGAAGGUUGCAGUUUGGCAUGAACUGGUCGAGGAGUUCAAGGAACUCGCCAGCUAUGAUGUGCCCGAGUACGACCCAAAGACAGCAACCCCUGCCGUCAACACUGUUUGGCCGUCUUCCUCGCAAUCCGGCCAAUUUAUCGAUUUCCAGCCAGAGAACCUUGUGUCUGCUAUUGGAGCCAUCACCUCCACCCUCCCUCGUACCCAGCGUUUCAACCCAACCGAUAUUGUUCUUUCUAUCGACUCUCUUUCUCGGUCCUACCCGCUCUGCACAACUCUGGCUGCACUGUUUGCCAACUCAUCCAUCGCCCUUAACUCUGUCGCCGGAGAGAAUGUCGAUUUUGCUUUGGCUACGGCUGGCGUGUCUCCCACAGUCAUUGUUGCUUCAUCGCAAACCAUGGCUGAAUACCACGAGAAUAUCAUGCGCCCUCACACUGGUAUCCUUUCCUCUCUUGGACGCUGGCUUCAGGCACGGACCUUGGAUGCAGGAAACAUACCGACGCGCAACUUUUUCAGCCAAUUGGCUCGUGUCAGCCCGACUUCUGAGCUUUCGCUAGAUGAAUUGCGUUUGCUUUGCAUCUCCCACCGCAUUGAUGGCAACCCUGCCGCCCAUCUUACCUCCGAGCAAUUGACCGAGCUUAGAAUAUUCACUGGGGCGCGGGUUGUGUAUGCCCUGACUGGUCCCGGUGUUGCUGGUGCGAUUGCCCAAACAAACGCCUUUGACUAUAGAUGCCUCACCGGUCCUAGCCACUUUGGUGCUCCGCUGAGUAGCACUGAAAUUACUCUGACCAAUGUCCCCGAAGGCUCUCCCGACGGGACCGAGGAGGGACAGCUUACCGUCUCUGGCCCUGCUGUUGUCGGCGGCACCGCCACUCUUCCCGGCCGAGCCCGUAUCAGCAAGGAAAAUACCCUGGAAUUGUCUUCCUGA